GGAAGCCUCCUUGGGUCAGCGCGCGGCGACGCGGGAAGUCCGGACGCCGGAGCGGCCUGGAGGAGAGGCUCGAGGCGGAGGCGGGCCGCGGCGCCGGCGGCCAUGGCGGAGAGGCCCGAGGACCUAAACCUGCCCAAUGCUGUCAUCACCAGGAUCAUCAAGGAAGCGCUCCCGGACGGUGUCAACAUCUCCAAGGAGGCCCGCAGCGCCAUCUCCCGCGCCGCUAGCGUCUUCGUGCUGUACGCCACUUCCUGUGCCAACAACUUCGCGAUGAAGGGAAAACGCAAGACGUUGAACGCCAGUGACGUGCUCUCAGCCAUGGAGGAGAUGGAGUUCCAGCGGUUCGUCACCCCCCUGAAAGAAGCUCUGGAAGCGUACAGGAGAGAGCAGAAAGGCAAGAAGGAAGCUUCCGAGCAGAAGAAGAAGGACAAAGACAAAAAAACCGAUGCAGAGGAGCAAGACAAGGGCAGAGAUGAGGACAACGAUGAAGACGAAGAAAGGCUGGAAGAAGAAGAACAGAACGAAGAGGAGGAAGUAGACAACUAGUGGGACGGGAAGACGUUGGCACCUUGGCAGGUACCGCCCUGAAACGUGGUGCGGUCCUGAGAGGCUCUUUCCCUGCUGGGGAGAGUGGGCCUCGCCAGAAGAGCCUGAGAAGAUCAAAAUAAAAACUGACUAAAAUGACCAAAACCAGCGCUUCCGUCAGAGCAUCUGAAUAGCAGAGUCCCAUUUUGCUAAGUCAGUUCUGAAGGUAAUGACUUUUUGACGAGAGGGAUUCUGAGCGGCUAAAUUUAAUUAGUCGAUUUGAUCUCUUAUUACUUAUAUAUGUGGUCUGGCAGUUUUUUGGUCCCCAUCCAUCACCACCACCACCACCACCCCCAAAAAAAAAAAGUAAUAAUGAUUUCCAUGCUGCCUGCUGUGUUCCAGGUCACAGAGGCAGUCAAAGCUCAGGAAAAAUUGGGGCUUUUGAGCAUGGUUGGUCUGUUUUGAUUGUAUAGGAUUUGGCAGUACUAGCUUGUUAUAAGUGGUUGGGAUGGUUUAGCUUUAGGAAACUACUAAAAGGUUAUGGGGGGGAAAUGAAAUCUGUUGUCUUUUCACUUGGCGUUAACAUUGAUUGAAUUUUUAUUUCUCCAGACCCACUUGGCGUGGAGCUCCUCUAUGUUGCCUGGUAGGCAUUUGACCUGCUGGGGUGCUGUCCUCUGGGUGCAUAUGCUUCUAAAUCAUUAGUGUAAAGUGGAACUCGUCAAGCACGUGUGCCAAUAUCUUACCCCCCCCUCCAAAAAAAACCAGACGGUUUAGUCUCAGAUGCACCUCAUUGCCUGCCACUCUAUGGCUUUAGGAUUUAUGGUCACCUCCUGGAAGGUAUAAAACCCCAGGCUUUUUCUUCUCAUAGUCCAUUUCCCAGGCUUGUGACUUUUGUUUUUCAUUCUUUAAUUCAUGACGAAUUCCAAACUUUAUUUCUUUUAGGCACAACUUUCUCCCUCUUGCGUCUCCCUUCCCUGUCUCCCUUCUGCCUCUCCUCUGUUCCCCAUUCCCACUUUCUUCCUCCUUUUGUCACAUCUCCCAACCCAGGAUCUUUGAUAACCUGCUUAAUGUCCCAAAGUGCAGAAAUCUGAUGGUGCUCAGGAAUCUAAUCCCUACUGCAAAAAAAUCCAUCCCCUUUAACUGCUUCUAAAGUAAUUCUGUCGACCUUUCUCAGAGUUGUUUUUUUGUUGUUGUUGUUUUUUUCUCUUGAUAUUUGGUGCUCCAAGCACUUUUUUGUUUGUCUCUAAGUUGAGCGCUUGGAGGUUGACAGAUAGUCAAAUGUAUGUAGUUUGACACUGUUAAUUUGUUUAAUGAAUAUAGUCAAGAGUUUGUUGACAAAUAAAUGAAGAAUGUUGAGGAAAAUUAUAAUGCUUUGUACAAAUAAAGAACAUUCUUGUUAACAGUGA